GACAAAGUUUGCACCCAUUUUAUGGCACCAAAAACCUGCGACAUCUUCUCCAAACAACAUUCCAUAACGGAUAACCUGUAGCAACAGUCAUGCCUCCCCACCUCUACAUCGUCCGUCACGGGCAGGGAUUCCAUAAUCUCACGGGUAAUCCUAACAUCUUAGAUCCCCUUCUCACACCAGAAGGAAAAGACCAGUGCCGAGCGUUAUGCGAAUCAUUCCAAGAUCAUGACAAAAUCGAUCUUGUCGUUACAUCCCCUUUGCGCCGCACCAUUCAGACCGCAUCUUUAAGCUUUGGCCCUGUUUUGGCGCGAAGUGUGCCAUUCGUUGCUGUCCCUGAAGCCCAAGAGGUUGGUUCGCAUAACAGCGACAAGGGACUUCCGCCAGCUCAGUUGAAAGAAGAAUUGAAAACGCUUUUCGAGGGAGAUGACCUGGGAUUCGAUAUCAACAAGCUGGAUCUCAGCAAUGUGAAAGACGGAUGGAACAGCAAGACCGGGUACUGGGCCUGGAAUAAGGAGGCAAUAGGAAGACGUGCCGCCGAUUUGCGUAAGUGGUUAUAUACCAGGCCAGAGAAGCGGGUCAUUCUCGUCACUCAUGGCGCUUUUGUCCACUUUCUCACGGAAGACCUUGGCGGUAUGAUUGAUUACUUGUCUGAGACGGCAUGGAAAAACUGUGAGCUACGCCAGUUCGUAUUCACGGAGACAUCUACAGCGGAUGAUCCUCAUCUCGUAGAGACUGCUGAGAGUCGUCAAAGCAGAGGCCAGGCUGGGAAGGAAGAGGAUCCACACGUCUUGGAAGACAUGAAGGGCGCGGUUGACCAUCAGGUCGAAAGAAAUUGAGCACCAACUGUUAGGUGCGGGGUGGCACCCUCAGUUGUGCCUCGCCAUGUCUUGCAUAUCAUAGAAUAGACUCACAUAGAAUGAGGACAGAGAACAUUGUAUUG